CUACUAGUCUCUGACCCAGAGUUAAUAUAUAGAAAAUGAUUUCUGUGAUCUUAAACGCUGCAUUCCUGGCUUGACCACUGGAAGUUGCCAAGUGGGAGCUUCCUAUUCGCUUCUGGCCUUGUGGGUAUUGGAGCUUUUGUGUGGAUAAGUAAGCUUUACUUCUUUGUUGAUGGGUAUUUGAGUAAAGCUUUUGUUUUUGGAGUUCUGGUAGCUUUUUGUUGACGUGCUGAUGAUUUUAGAGCUGGGUUUUUUUUAUUACUUGGUAUGUUGAUUUGCACUGUUGAAGUUUGUUUGGUAGAUUUGUGGGUUAGUGUUGAAAUCUGGAAAUGGUUCAUAUUUGGUUUAAUUUGUUGUUCAUUUUAGGUUCUCUGUUAAUUUCUCUGUUGAAUGUUGAGACUUGUUUCAUAGCUGGAAAUGCUUUAGAAGGGAAAAUCAGUCGAUGGUCAUGCUCUGAUUUUGUUCUACAAAUUGUUUGAGUUGAGGAUGACUCCUUAAAGGAAGUGUUUUGGAUAGAUUAGAUUUUUGGAGGAAAUCAGUUUAUGUUUCUGAUAGCAAUUGUAGUUUAAAAUAAACAAUGGAAGGAAAUUUAUCACGAGGAGCUAUGCUUCCAGGUGGGGGUUCUUUUGUGGGCCUUGACUUGCAAGGGUCGGUGAGACUUCAUCAUCAUGCGCAACACCCACAUAAUGUGCAACAAUAUCAGCACCCUAACUCCCACCAAGGGUCUUCUGUACUUCAUGAGGGUUUCCCACUCACAAUGGGGACCAUGCAAAACUGUGAUCAGACAAUUUCAAAUACAGAUUAUAAUAAGGAUGACAGAGGGAAAAAUUCAGUGAGUGACGAUGAUGAGCCAAGCUUUACCGAAGAGGGUACUGAUGGCCACACUGAUGCAAACAAAGGGAAGAAAGGAUCUCCAUGGCAGCGUGUAAAGUGGACCGAUAAGAUGGUGAGGCUUCUAAUUACCGCUGUGUCUUAUAUAGGGGAAGAUAUUGCAGUGGAAUGUGGUGGGGUAAGAAGGAAAUUUUCUGUUUUACAGAAAAAGGGUAAGUGGAAAUCUGUGUCAAAGGUUAUGGCUGAGAGGGGUUGUCAUGUUUCGCCUCAGCAGUGUGAGGAUAAGUUCAAUGACCUGAAUAAAAGGUAUAAGAAACUUAAUGAUAUGCUUGGUAGGGGAACUUCUUGUCGGGUUGUUGAGAACCCUGCAAUUUUGGAUGUGCUAGAUUAUUUGACAGAGAAAGAAAAGGAUGAUGUUAGGAAAAUCUUGAGCUCAAAGCAGCUUUUUUAUGAAGAGAUGUGUUCUUACCAUAAUGGGAAUAGAUUGCAUCUUCCUGAUGAUCCUGCAUUGCAGCACUCUUUACAGUUGGCUCUGAGAAGUAGAGAUGAUCAUGAUAAUGAUGAUGCAAGGAGGCAUCAAAAUGAUGAUCUUGAUGACGAUGAUCAUGAAAUGGUAACUGAUGAACAUGAUGAAUUUGAGGAGAAUCAUAAUUCACAUGGGGAUAAAGGAGGAAUGUUUGGGGUCUUAGGGGCCUCAACAAAGAGGUUGAGACAAGGGCAGGGCCAUGAUGAUGUCUGUUUUCAGAAUCCUGUAAAUUCUCAGGAGAGCAAUAAAAGUUUUUAUCCUCAUCCACAAAUUGCCCAAGCAGACAUGACUCAAGGCGUGUCUGAAAGUUCAAGAGCAGCUUGGUUACAGAAACAAUGGAUUGAAUCUCAUUCACUUCAGUUGGAAGAACAGAAACUACAAAUUCAAGCUGAGAUGUUGGAACUGGAGAAACAGCGAUUCAAGUGGCAGAGGUUUAGUAAGAAACAGGACUCUGAACUGGAAAAACUGAGAAUGGAAAAUGAGAAGAUGAAGCUUGAGAAUGAACAUUUGGCAUUAGCAUUGAAGCAAAAGGAACUGGGUGCUGACUAGAUGAUAGUUGCUCCUGUGCAACUUUGUUUGUUGCAAUAGCAGGCCUUGGAUGCAAGAUAACUUCACUUUUCUUGGUAAGCUGCUAUUGAUUCUCCAUGGGGAGUGUCACAUAUUGGAUUGGGAUUCUGUUGAAAAUUAUGAAUCUUCCUGCUUUUAUUUUGUAAACAUAGUAUAGUGACAAUGCCAGUAUUUAGUUGCUGUUGUUUUGCCUUAGUGAAAUGGUAUUGCCUACGCUAGAAAAACUUUUGGCAGGAAAAUUUUCUUUUUAUUAUGUAUCGGUGCAUAUAAAUUAUUAGUUUGGAUAUUUAAUAUGACUUUGUUUUUCUCCUGAUGGUUUCAGAGUGUAUACUUUUCUCUAAUUGCUUGGCAUGUUGUAUUGUAGCUUAUGGACAUUAUCCUUCAAUCUCUUGUUCAACUUUCUGUUCACACAACUUAAAAUGCUGAAUCAUGCUCUGGUACUAAAAUAAAAGGUGAUGGAAUGAUGUUUUGUCCGGAGAUUUUCAACUGCAUUUAUGAUCUAUCAAUUCAUUGACAUUACAGUGGGAGAUGGAAGGUUCCUAAAAAUUCUGAAUCCAACGAGGAAUACUUUACAGGCUGCUCAAAUGGUGCCAUGUGAAAGCGGUUUGUAAGGAUUAUGCAAAUGGCAUGCAGCUGCAGCCCUUGUGCAGAUGAUCCAUGGUCUCACUUUUAUAAUCCCAAAAUACUAGUAAUAAAUUAUGAGAGAGAAA